CACAACUCACAGCUGGUUCUUUGUUUGAAAAUAGAAAAUAAUAAAAACCAGACUAUGGGGAAAAUAUUCCUUGACCAUAUUGGUGGUACACGGUUAUUUUCUUGUGCAGCGUGUGAUGUUGUUCUUACAAACCGCUCUGAACUCAUAAGCACUAGAUUCACUGGUGCUACAGGACGAGCUUUUCUUUUUCACAAAGUAGUAAACCUAGUAUAUUCUGAAGUACAAGAUCGUGUUAUGUUGACUGGAAGACAUAUGGUUCGAGAUGUUUCUUGCAAAAAUUGCUCUACAAAAUUGGGAUGGGUAUAUGAAUUUGCUACUGAAGAAAAUCAAAGAUACAAGGAAGGAAGAGUGAUAUUAGAGAGAGCUUUAGUUAAUGAGUCAGAGGGUAUUGAGGUUGCCCAAUAACUUAUGUUAGCUCCUAGUCCUUGCUUAAUAUUAUAAAUAAAUAUUAUACCUACCUGCAGGCAUAACUUCAAAUAAUAAACAUAUUUCUCUAUUGCUACUAAAUUCAAAAAUAAUUCUUAUGUUCAAAUUAGGAUUUAAAAUCCCUUCUUGAUUUGAACAACAUCAAAAACUACUACCCAUUUGAUAAAAUAUGCCUCAAACCUGAUAAUAAAAGGAGUGUUGCCUUCUUCUUUCAAUAUAAUUGUGUUACAAUUAAUUAAUUAAAUAUCGUGAAGGUCUUCUCGCAAUUUCGAAUAUAGUAUUAGAUACAUUAUUUGAUGUCUAAAUUGUAAGCAAAGCAAUAUCAUGAAAUGGUGUUGUGUUUUUCUGUCUUAAUAAAAAAUCAUAUUUCUUUUUGAUGAUGGUCAAUUCAUUGCUUCUUAUUAUGUUCUACAUGGAAAAAGCAAAUCAGUUUCACUAUUAAAAACAAAAUUAAAUCAUAUGAAAAGUAAAUGAAAUUGUUAUAAAACAACUGGAAUUUAACAAAUACUGAAAGAUGGCUAGAAUAAUGGUUCAAACCAUGACUGUUCUAUGAUUGCCCUCUUUCUGUAGUCUUAUCCCAAUACAGUUAAGACUUAGGCAAAGGGACAUGAAGCAAAAGUUAUUUAUAUUUAUACAUUCAUUGGAUGAAUUACAACUGAAGCAAUUAAUAUAAUAAUAAGAUGUAGGCAUACAUUGUCACAGUAACAUUAUGAUAUUGGAUCUUUAGAAAUAAAUAAAUUUAAUGGUAAUGUUCUAUAAA